AAAGAAAUAAAUAUUUCCCGUUUUUGCAACAUUAAACAUUGAUGCUCUGCUGUUAUUGUUCAUGGCUGACCGUGACGUCACGUGAUUUAUAUAUAACCUUGAUCGGUAAAUGGGCUAACCGGCACUUAAAUAAUUUUUCAAACUGAGUCAGUAGUUCCUAAGAUUAGUUUGUUCAAACAAACAAAUAAACUCUUCAUCUUUAUAUCAUAAUAUAUAGAUAAAACAUAUUUGGUCACGUAAUAAUUGAUAAGAUAAUGCAAAAUAAAAACAAUUUACCUAGGACGCACCUAAUUCAUUUACAUACUUACCGGCAAAACAAUGGUGUACGAGUGGAAAGACAAAGUAGUGCUGAUCACCGGAGCCGCCAGAGGUAUCGGGGCCAAUGUAGUUCGAAUUGCUUUGGAGGAAGGCGUUAAGCGCGUAGUCAUCAUAGAUGUCGAUGAAACGAACACAGUGGCACUUAAAAAUGAAUUAAACGCUAAACAUGGAGAAGGAAAAGUGGAGUUCAUCAAAUGCGAUGUUACUAAUGAGGCUCAGCUGACAUCAGCCUACAAAUCAGUGCUAAAUGACAAAACUAACGAGUACGUGGUUGUAAAUUCUGCAGCAAUCCUGAAUGAUAGUUGGGCCACGUAUAGAAAACAAAUUGAUAUAAAUGUGACAGCUCUUAUCACGGGUUCAUUGAUAGCACUCGAUAUGAUGCGAGCUGACAAGGGGGGGAAGGGAGGUGCUAUAAUAAACAUGUCGUCUGUAGCUGCCUUGGCUCCCUUGCCUUAUACCCCUAUUUACAAUGCUACAAAAAGUGCAGUCAUGCAAUUCAGUAUUGCUCUUGGGGCAAACGAUUAUUACGAGAGAACGCGUGUACGCGUACUGACAAUGUGUUUCGGAGCAACGGACACUGGACUUAUUGCGUUACAAAAUAUGGGAUGUUUUGAUGAAGUCAUGGAAAGCAGACUCGGAGAAGCGCUUAGUAUUUAUCCUGGACAAAAGGUUCAAUCUGCAGCUCGCAGUGUCGUAGAUGCUUACAAACUUGGAGCAAGUGGAAGCGUUUGGUUGUCAAACGCUGACAAACCCGUAGAAGACAUCACUGAUAAACACACGGCAGCUUACAAGAUACUCACUGAUCCAGUAUUUGCUAAAUAAAAUUAAAUAAAGGAACGUAAUAUAAAAGUUA